AUGAACAUCCCAGACCAAUCAAUACAGCAGCUACGUCCUACUGUCAUUUACUGCUUGGACCAUGAGCUUCUGCCCUCGGCAGAAUUUACAGCGGAGCGACUCUUGGCACAAGACUCCGAGAACCCAGACUCCAUUUUUUUAUAUGCGCUAACAAUUUAUAAAGAGCACAGAUUUAAGGCAGCUUAUAACGCUGCAUCACGAUGCUGUACGACACACGUUGGUUGCUCUUAUAUAUUCGCCAAGUCUUGUCUUCAAUUGGAACAAGAGCCAGAUGGCAUCUCUAGCUUGACGAAGACAAUGCCCUUGUGGUCUCAGAUCACCAGUCAAGAGGUGAAACAAUAUGAGCCAGAUAAUAUCGCGUGCUAUAUGCUAUUGGCCAAGCUUUACUAUGUGGUAGGUGACACAACACGAAGUGCUCUUAAUUAUGGUCUAGUGCUGAAACUUAAUCCUUACAUCUUCGAGGCUUUUGAACAGCUUUGCAAGCUUGGCGCUAGAAUUAAGGUGAAUUCCAUCUACAAAUCGAGUAAUCCGAUGGGUGAUUUACCGGGCGAGUUGUUUCAUACCUCACGGGUUUCAAAUGAUGUCAAGAAUUCCCUCAGAAGUUCUAGGUCCAGUGUUGGAGAUACGACAAAUUCAAUGACGGCAUUAGCAGGUUUGACCAGAAAAAUCCAGGCAACCCCGGCGCUUGGAUACAUGGAGGGGAAGAAUAUGCCGGAGCCUAAAGCAAAUCUAUUCAAGACCCCUAUCGCCAAAUCGAAGAUGGCUACUCACGUAUUGGAAAGUGUGACAUCACCAGACGAUAAGCAGUCCAGUAAUUCGUCGUCAUAUGUUCCCACAAACUUUGCCAUAACACCCAGGACCACACAUGUUACUCAUUCCAUUCUAGAAGCUCCCUCUGGGAGAUACGCUUCCGAUACGAUGCCAAGGAAGAAAGGGCGUAGCGCCGCAUCCUCUAUCACGUCAAGGCUUCUCAACCACUCCCUUAGCACGCUCUCUGGCACUGUAGGAGGUAAUAAUGCUGCGAGCGGUGUGUCUACAAUUUCAUCGGCUGCCUCUCAGUCACUGAACACUUCUUCAUACGGCCAUACUUCGCCGAUAGGCACCAGAGACACUGCAAGCGGAAUCAAACGAGUCAUUGCCUCUACUUUUGGAGGAUCUGGAGUAGACUCCAGAGGCUCAUCGGCUACUAUUGUCACGGGAAGCACUGGCAAAAAUUACGGUACUGAUCAGUAUGCUUCUGAUGAUAGGGUGGACAGCAUUCUUAAGAAUAUAAACGACGAUUACUUAGUCUCAGUCUAUUCGAAAAUGGCAAAAGGCUACAGGGCCAUGUGCUCAUAUGACUGUUUCAAAGCUAUACGAAUAUUCAAUUCGUUACCGGAAAAUGAAAGAAAUACUCCGUGGGUGUUAGCCAAACUUGGCAGAUUGCAUUUCGAGAUUGUAAACUAUGAAGGGGCCGAGAAGUACUUUGUGAAACUUCGAAAAAUGGACAGAACUCGAGUUGAUGACAUGGAAUAUUACUCCACGUUACUUUGGCAUUUACAUAAAGAGAUCGAUUUAAGUUUCCUUUCGCAUGAGCUUUAUGAGAUCAACCAGCAGGCUCCGCAGACUUGGAUAGCCAUUGGAAAUCUUUACUCUUUGAAAAGGGAACCCGAUGAAGCCAUUAAGUGCUUUCAGAAGGCCAUCAAACUUGACAAGAAGUUUGUGUAUGCCUAUACUUUGCAAGGCCAUGAAUAUUUGGCGAAUGAUGCCAUUGAAAAUGCUAUGGAAUGCUUCCGUCACGCUAUCGCAUUGGACAAAAGACACUACAAUGCAUUCUAUGGAAUUGGUAUGGUUUAUUUGAAGCUUGGUGACUUCAGAAAGGCGGAAUUUCAUUUUAGAAAGGCGUCUGAGAUCAAUCCUGUUAAUGUGAUACUCGUUUGCUGUGUGGGCAUGGUGCUAGAGAAGCUAGAUAAAAGAGAGGAGGCAUUGAGACAGUACGUUUUCGCAUCGAAGUUGCAGCCUUUAUCAAUGCUAGCAUUAUUCAAGAAAGCGCAAGCUUUGUUCAGUUUGAAGCGGUACGAAUUGGCUCUUAAAGACUUCCAGAAAUUAGAAGAUAUGGCCCCAGACGAAGCAUCCGUUCAUUUCCUACUUGGAAAGUUAUACAAGUUCUAUGGCCGCAAGAAUGAUGCCAUUAAGCAAUUCACUGUAGCACUGAACUUAGACCCAAAGGGUUCCCAUUUAAUAAAGGAGGCUCUUGAGAACCUUCAAACGUGGAAUUGA